AACAAGGGGGUAAAAGAGGAAAUAGUAAAAGAAGAUGGGGGACUUUUAAAAUGAAUUGAAGGUUCUUUCUUUCUAUGCCGAGGAAGGGAAGGGAAGGCAGAGCAAAGCAAAGCAAAGCAAAGCAAAGCGCGUUCAACUGUGUUUGACAGGAGGAAAGGGAAGACGAAGCGAUAGUUAGUUCCAGACAGAAGAGAGGAGAGGAGAGGAGGAUCCGUUGGUGAGCAAUGGAGGUGUUUUAUUACAUGGUUUUUGGGGUUUUAGGGUUGAUCGUCGCCGCUCUGGAGUUGAGUAAGACCAACAAAGAUCGAAUUACCACUUCCCAGGCUUUUACUUCCUUCAAGAACAACUAUCUCCUUGUUUACUCUCUCAUGAUGGCUGGGGACUGGUUGCAGGGUCCCUAUGUCUACUACCUGUAUACAACAUAUGGCUACGGAAAGGGGGAUAUCGGGCAGCUCUUCAUUGCUGGCUUUGGCUCAUCCAUGCUCUUUGGCACCAUCGUCGGCUCUUUAGCUGAUAAACAGGGCCGUAAGCGAGCAUGUAUCACAUACUGCAUCACUUACAUACUCAGCUGCAUGACCAAACAUUCUCCCCAAUACAAAGUUCUACUCUUAGGCCGUAUUUUGGGCGGUGUUGCUACCUCUCUCCUCUUUUCAGCAUUUGAAUCUUGGCUUGUUGCCGAACACAACAAGCGAGGCUUUGAACAACAAUGGCUCUCCUUAACCUUCUCCAAGGCCAUCUUCCUCGGCAAUGGUCUCAUUGCCAUCCUCUCUGGCCUGUUUGGCAACUUUUUAGUUGAUGUUGCAGCCCUUGGACCUGUCGCCCCCUUUGAUGCUGCAGCAUGCAUUCUUGCCCUUGGCAUGGCCAUUAUACUCUCAUCCUGGGGUGAAAACUACGGAGACCCUUCCGAGAACAAGGACCUUCUUUCUCAGUUCAAGGGUGCCGCUGUAGCUAUUGCUUCUGAUGAGAAAAUUGCAUUGCUGGGAGCUAUACAGUCUUUGUUUGAAGGCUCCAUGUACACAUUUGUUUUUCUAUGGACUCCCGCCUUGAGUCCAAAUGAUGAGGAGAUUCCACAUGGUUUCAUUUUUGCCACAUUCAUGUUAGCAUCAAUGCUGGGAAGUUCAGUUGCUGCCCGAUUGAUGGCCCGCACCUCACCUAGAGUUGAGAGCUACAUGCAGAUUGUGUUUUUGGUUUCUGCAGCAUCACUUUUGCUUCCAAUUGUCACAAAUUUUUUUGUAUCUUCUUCUGAGAUGAAAGAUGGAGGCAUCUCAUUGGGGGCUAGUGUUCAACUUGUUGGGUUUUGUGCAUUUGAGGGCUGUGUUGGAAUCUUUUGGCCAUCCAUCAUGAAGAUGAGAUCCCAAUACAUUCCUGAGGAGGCCAGAAGCACCAUCAUGAACUUUUUCCGCAUUCCUCUCAAUAUAUUCGUCUGCAUCGUCCUCUACAAUGUGAAUGCAUUCCCUAUAACAAUCAUGUUUGGAAUGUGCUCCAUCUUUCUUUUUGUGGCUGCAGUGCUGCAGAGGCGAUUACUAGUCAUAACAGACAAGUCAAAGUUGGAUGAUUGGACAUCGAUGAAAGAGAGAGACAUUGAGACUGAGCCCCUAAAUGAUGACUAAAAUUAUUACAAGGUUGAAAGAAGACAGUUAUUGAAGAAAGUAUUAUUUACACCAAAGCCAGAAGGCGCCUUAUUUCUGCGAUGUAUAAUUUUGCUUCUAUUUUGUGCUUGCUUGUAUGAGAGACCUUAACAACUUUGGUCUUGAGUGUUAUUUAAAUACCAUAUGAUUCUUUUAUAACAUCA